GGGCCGGCCCGCCGCUUUUCCCGCCAUCGGCGCGGCGCGCGCGGGCCGGGACUGGGGCCGGGAUCAGGAUCCGUGAGGCGAUGAGGAGGAGCCUGGCCCCCAGCCAGCUGGCCAAGAGGAAGGCGGGCGAUGAAGAGGAGGAAGAGGAGGAGGAGGACUGGCACCCCCCGGCGGCUCGGAAGAGGCAGAAGGCCGGCGGUGAGACGGAGAGCGGGGAGUGUUACAGGUCGCCUUUCCGAAAACCCUUGGCUGCUCUGACCAACAGACCCCACUGCCUGGACAGCGCUCAGCAUGAGGCUUUUAUCCGCAGCAUUUUGUCCAAACCCUUCAAAGUCCCCAUUCCAAAUUAUAAAGGGCCCCUGGGCUUGCGCGCGCUGGGGAUCAAACGGGCGGGAGUGAGGAGUCCUCUCCAUGACCCCUUUGAGGAAGGAGCUCUGGUUCUGUACGAGCCCCCGGUGCUGAGUGCCCACGACCAGCUGAAAAUAGACAAGGACAAAGCACCUGUCCAUGUUGUGGUGGAUCCUGUCCUCAGCCGUGUUUUACGACCCCAUCAGAGAGAAGGAGUGAAAUUCCUGUGGGACUGUGUGACGAGCCGGCGGAUCCCCGGGAGUCAUGGCUGUAUCAUGGCAGACGAAAUGGGGCUGGGCAAAACUCUGCAGUGCAUCACACUCAUGUGGACGCUCCUCCGGCAGAGCCCGGACUGCAAACCUGAAAUCGAGAAAGCCGUGGUGGUGUCUCCCUCCAGCCUGGUGAGAAACUGGUACAACGAGGUGGAGAAAUGGCUGGGGGGAAGGAUCCAGCCACUGGCCAUUGAUGGAGGCUCCAAAGAAGAGAUUGACCGUAAACUAGUUGGCUUUAUGAACCAGCGUGGCCUGCGAGUGCCUUCACCCAUCCUGAUCAUCUCCUAUGAAACCUUCCGACUCCACGCCGAGGUGUUGCAGAAGGGCAGUGUUGGGCUGGUCAUAUGUGAUGAGGGCCAUAGACUGAAGAACUCUGAAAACCAAACUUACCAAGCUCUCAACAGCUUAAACACACCUCGACGAGUCCUGAUCUCGGGCACCCCCAUUCAGAACGACCUGCUUGAGUAUUUCAGCCUGGUGCACUUCGUCAAUUCGGGCAUCCUUGGGACUGCACAGGAAUUUAAAAGACAUUUUGAAAUGCCCAUCUUGAAAGGCAGAGAUGCGGAUGCAAGUGAAGCUGAGAGACACAAGGGAGAAGAGAGGCUUAAAGAGCUGAUCAGUAUUGUGAACAGAUGUUUAAUUCGAAGAACUUCAGACAUCCUGUCCAAAUACCUGCCAGUGAAGAUUGAGCAGGUGGUCUGCUGCAGACUGACACCUCUGCAGGCUGAGCUGUACAAGAACUUCCUGAAGCAAGCCAAGCCAGUGGAGGAGCUGAAGGAGGGCAAAAUCAGUGUGUCAUCUCUCUCUUCCAUCACUUCCUUGAAGAAGCUCUGUAAUCACCCUGCUCUUAUCCAUGAUAAGUGUGUGGAAGAGGAAGAAGGAUUUAUGGGAGCCCUGGACUUGUUCCCUGCUGGCUACAGCACCAAAUCUGUGGAGCCCCAGCUUUCAGGAAAGAUGCUGGUUCUGGAUUACAUCCUUGCUGUCACCAAAAGCACCAGUAGUGACAAGGUGGUUUUAGUGUCUAACUACACUCAGACACUGGAUCUAUUUGAAAAGCUCUGCAGGAGCAGAAGGUAUUUAUAUGUCCGGCUGGACGGCACCAUGUCCAUUAAAAAGAGAGCAAAGAUUGUGGAGCGAUUCAACAGCCCCUCGAGCCCCGAGUUCAUCUUCAUGUUAAGCAGCAAAGCAGGUGGCUGUGGUUUGAACCUGAUUGGGGCCAACAGGCUGGUGAUGUUCGACCCCGACUGGAAUCCGGCCAACGAUGAGCAGGCCAUGGCUCGCGUGUGGCGGGACGGCCAGAAGAAGAUGUGCUACAUCUACCGACUGCUUUCGACAGGGACCAUAGAGGAGAAGAUAUUCCAACGCCAGACCCACAAGAAGGCCCUCAGCAGCUGUGUGGUGGAUGAAGAGCAGGAUGUAGAAAGGCACUUCUCCCUUGGGGAGCUGAAGGAGCUCUUCACACUGAAUGAGACCACCACCAGUGACACCCAUGACAAGAUCAAGUGCCGCCGCUGUGUGAACGGGCACCAGGUACGGCCCCCUCCCGAAGGCUCCGACUGCACCUCGGACCUGUCCCAGUGGCACCACUGUGCGGAUAAGCGGGGGCUGCAGGACUCCGUGCUGAAGGCUGCCUGGGACGCCGCCGUCACCUUCACUUUCCAUCAUCACUCCCAUGAGGAGCAGCGAGGGAUUCCCUAACAGGUUACUGUCCCCUGUGGGGGCAAGUUUAAUCCCUUUCAAGGAAAGGGGCAGUGGGUAGCUGUGCCUGCUGGACUGUUGUGUGGCUGUGGAAUAGCAGAACAGCGUGGCUUUGAGCGGCUGGAAGGGCCCUUGGCAGUGUUCAGUUUACUGCAACAGCAAGGAGUCCGUGGCUUUUUCUCUGCUGUUGUAUUGUGUGCCUGAAAAACAUCCCCUUGGGAACUGGGAAUAACAGGACCUUGCAUGCUUGAUCUGA